UGGUGUUUGGUGGAAAUGUUGUGCUCGUUGGUGGACUGCAUCCCACUAGGACAUAGAUAAACGCUCUCUGAGAGAGGGAGAAAGAGAGAGAGGAGCAUGAGCGCGCAUCUGCCUUCUGUCAAAAGUGACAGCUGUGUCCACUGCCUCCCCUGUGAACGCAACGUACCAUUAUUCCACAACGAGCUUCAUCAGCCAAGCCGCACGCUGCCUCUGAGGUGUCGGCGUCAGUUCUGCUGUCUCGCGUUGUUCUUCUAUUUAUGUUUCGUCUGGUUUCAGGGAGCAUAUCCAUGCGUUGCCACAGCUCGGAGCGACAUUUCAUGUGACGGCGCGAGAGUUUCGAGUCCCAAAACUGCAAGACAUUUGCUUUCAUUCAAACCGGCUUUCUUUUAUUUUGCAUUUAGACUUGGCGACUUUUCACUUUCGCGAGGAUCCCAUAGGCAUUCACGUGUCCUUUUUGUUUAAUGCUGAGGCUAUAAACACUUGCUUCCUGUACAAUGUGUUCGAGUUCUAGAUUAUCUUCUUUUGUCUUGCUCGGUCGUCCUUGAAAGAGACAGAGAGAACCAGAAUAAGAGGGCUCUUGAAUCUGUCCACGCGUGAAAAUGCCUGUGCGCCGGGGACACGUCGCUCUUCAGAACACCUAUCUGGACACCAUCAUCAAGAAAUUCGACGGGCAAAACCGUAAAUUCCUGAUUGCUAACGCCCAGGUGAAGAACUGUGGGAUUAUCUACUGCAAUGAGGGCUUCUGUCAGAUGUUUGGUUUCUCGCGGGCAGAGAUCAUGCAGCAGUCCUGCACGUGUCAGUUCCUGGUGGGGCCGGGCACUAUGAAGAGUGCCCUGGCACAGCUGGCACAGGCCCUGCUCGGGUCAGAAGAGCGCAAGGUGGAGAUCCUCUACUACUCUAAGGAAGGAACAUGUAGGCCAUGUUUAGUUGAUGUUGUUCCAGUAAAGAAUGAGGAAGGAGUCGUAAUCAUGUUCAUCCUAAACUUUCAAGAGCUUUUAGACCCGUCUAUGAAAAAAGGUGGCAUUAAACAGCGGAUGACACACAGCUGGCUACAGGCAGGUCAGAGACGCAAGAUGAGGCUUAGAAUGCCCUCUCUCCGUGUGAAACGGCAGCCUUCCCUCCCUAAGGACCACUUUGAGGGAGUGGUGGUGGACUACCUACAGCCCUCUCAUGAGGAGGUGGCUCUGAAAGACCUCCAGAUGUCUCCAGACAGCUGCUUGAAAUCAGAGACCCAGGCCUUGAUUCAGCAGACCCCCUCCUCAUGUGGCUUCUCAUCCCCACUCUCACGGCCCUCAGACCGGCUAGAGCCCAGUGGACCCCCUCUCAAACACAGCCACUCCAGAGAGAGCGUACACAGUCUGCGUCGGGCAUCCUCACUGCAUGACAUUGACGGCAUGAGGGACCAGUGGAGCGAUCUGAAGCCCAGUAACUUCAACUCCACCUCAGACUCUGAUUUGAUGCGGCACCGCACCAUUGGCCGCAUCCCUCAAGUGACAAUAUCCUUCGGCUCGGACCGCCUCAGACCUCCUUCCCCCACGGAGAUCGAGAUCAUAGCACCCAGCAAGAUUAAAGACCGCACACAGAAUGUCUCAGAAAAGGUCACUCAAGUCACGCAGGUACUGUCACUCGGGGCAGAUGUGCUUCCUGAGUACAAGCUUCAAGCUCCACGCAUCCACAAGUGGACCAUCCUCCACUACAGCCCGUUCAAAGCAGUAUGGGACUGGAUCAUCCUACUCCUGGUGCUCUACACGGCCGUCUUCACGCCCUACUCGGCUGCCUUUCUCCUCAACGAGCAGGAGGACGAGAGGAGGCGCACCUGCGGCUACACCUGCAACCCCCUCAACGUAGUGGACCUGGUGGUGGAUGUCAUGUUCAUUAUUGAUAUCCUAAUCAAUUUCAGGACCACUUACGUCAAUCACAACGACGAGGUGGUCAGCAAUCCCGCUCGCAUCGCUCAGCAUUACUUCAAGGGCUGGUUCCUCAUAGACAUUGUGGCUGCGAUUCCCUUCGACCUGCUCAUUUUCAGAUCAGGUUCUGAUGAGCCUCAAACAACCACUCUGAUUGGCCUAUUAAAGACUGCGCGGCUGCUGAGAUUGGUGCGAGUAGCGAGGAAACUGGACCGUUAUUCUGAGUAUGGUGCAGCAGUGCUCUUCCUCCUCAUGUGCACCUUCGCCCUCAUUGCCCACUGGCUGGCGUGUAUCUGGUACGCCAUUGGCAAUGUGGAGCGCACCAGCUCUGCCCGUAUCGGAGGGAUGAAGAUCGGCUGGCUGGACAACCUGGCCGACCAGAUUGGCAAGCGCUACAAUGACAGUGACUCCUUCUCCGGCCCCUCCAUCAAGGAUAAAUAUGUAACUGCACUGUACUUCACCUUCAGUAGCUUGACCAGUGUGGGAUUCGGAAACGUCUCUCCUAACACCAACCCUGAGAAGAUUUUCUCCAUUUGUGUCAUGCUCAUUGGCUCCCUGAUGUAUGCCAGUAUCUUUGGCAACGUGUCAGCUAUAAUUCAGAGGUUGUAUUCAGGCACAGCUCGCUACCACACUCAGAUGCUACGUGUGAAAGAGUUCAUCAGGUUUCAUCAGAUCCCAGGAGGUCUUCGGCAACGACUGGAAGAGUACUUCCAGCACGCCUGGUCCUAUACUAACGGCAUCGACAUGAACGCUGUGUUAAAGGGUUUUCCGGAGUGUCUGCAGGCUGACAUCUGUCUGCAUCUGAACCGCAGUCUGCUGCAGAACUGUAAGGCAUUCCGGGGGGCGAGCAAGGGUUGUCUGCGGGCUCUGGCCAUGCGUUUUAAGACCACCCAUGCCCCACCCGGUGACACUCUGGUGCACAGUGGAGACGUACUGACCGCACUGUAUUUCAUCUCCCGCGGCUCUAUAGAGAUCCUCAGAGAGGAUGUGGUCGUGGCCAUUUUAGGUAAGAAUGAUAUUUUUGGGGAGCCCAUUAGUCUGUACGCCAGGCCAGGGAAAUCAAGUGCUGACGUGAGGGCUCUGACGUACUGUGACCUGCACAAAAUCCUGAGAGACGACCUGCUGGAAGUGUUGGACAUGUACCCCGAUUUCUCUGACAACUUCUGGAGCAACCUGGAGAUCACAUUCAACCUUCGAGAUGCAGACAGAAUCAUGCAUCAAACCCCAAGCGAGGACUCAGACUGUGGGUACCGUCGACCCAGACACCGGAGGAACCCCCUACAGCGAAACCGGCCUGAUGGGAUGGACCGAGAUGGGAUAGACACGUACCCAGUCCAGUCCUGUUCUCCUGUGGGGAACCAUCGGGGGGCAAUACCGCUCUCACACUGGGAUGAGUUAUGCAGCAAUGCCAGUGCUGCUUCCCUGUCCAGUGAGGAGGACUUGAAGCCCCUGGUGUCCGGCCGAGGGACAGAUAUGUACUCGCCAGGGACAGAGAUGCAGGAAUACUCCCAUUCUGCAGUCAGCCAUCUGCCUCCGGGCAACAGCACAGCUUCUGCCAUGGGAGGACCACUGGGAGGGCCACAUCCGUACACAGCUCCUCUGAAUGUGUCGGGGUUAUACAGCUAUUUGUCCGACCGCAGGGCCAGUCAGUACUCUGAGAGUCAGAGACAUUCCUCUGCAGUGCAGGCCUGCUUCCACCAUCACAGCCCCUGUGUUGAGGACAGACCGAACCAACUGCAAGCCCGCCUGGAGCUGCUCCAGUCGCAACUCAACAGACUGGAGACCAGGAUGACAGCUGAUAUAAAUGUGAUCCUGCAGUUGCUGCAGAGGCAGAUGGCACCUGUACCCCCCGCAUACAGCGCAGUAUCCCCUGAACCGCUGGCCCACCCUGCUCACCCCACCAGCCUAUACACUACAGCAACGCACAAUACUAUGCCAUCUUUACAGAUCACUGACAGUACAUCGCCUGGUAAGAGCCCUGACUUGGACAGCUUCAAAGAGAAGUCUCCAGACUCUUUGUCCAGUGGGAUCCAUCUGACAGUUGCCUCUAAUGACACCAUGUCCAUGUCCCCAGAGACAGAGCUGGCUGUGCCCACAGGAGAGCCUCAUCUACAGCCCCCGGGACUGCUGUGUAGAAGCCUGCGCUUUCCAUCACUCCCGGACAGUCUGGAGAGUCCAAGCACACUGGAGGGAUCACCAGAAAUCCAGAGGCACCUGUCCGAUCCAGUCUUACCUGGAAGCUAGAGGCCAAAAACAGACUACUGUCCAUUCUAAGACGCAUAUAUACCACAUUUUCAUGGUUUCCCUUUUUUAAUCAGCUCAAUAUUGCACUUUUGGAAUAAAUGUAUUCAUGUUACUCAUUAGUUACAAAGGCGUCCAGUAGAGAAAAUGAAUCCAAAAUGGUGACUGUAGAUUUCUCUGAAUCUCUGAGGUGUUUUGUCUCAUAUCCCUUCUCAUUAAGAGCAGGAAUGUUUCCUCUGAUGCUAGAGUAUUUGGUAACACCUCUCAACUUUUUUGUUAUCGAAUAUGAAGAGAAGCACAGUGGGCAAUAAAGACGAGAUCAAAGAGUCAAAGAGAGAUGCUACGUUAUGAUCACCUGCCACCAUCAUGUAAUAAUUGUACAUUUUUGUCUGGUUUGAGAUUUGUCUUUGCAUACUAAACUUCAUCUUGUCUUGCGUCAGCUGAGAUUCAGAGGACAGAUUCUCUGAAACAGCAGCGUCACUGAAACCAGGACAAAUAUGACAUAUACCUGGGCUUUAAAGGUAUAAUGAAUCGCUUGUGUGUACUGAUAUUGCAAACAUGCUCAAUUGUCUUUUCAAUGUACAGAUUUUCUAAUUAUAAUCUAUUGUGUCAGAUUAGGUGUUUAACCCAAAUCUAAUGUAUUAUUACAUCAAAUGACUUAACGACUGGCACAAAAAUUAAUCUUUGUAUAUUUGGAUUCAUAGUAACCAAAUGGGCAUGAAUUUAAGGUUAUGAAAUGUUAUUUCUCUCACUGAAGUGGUUAUUUUAACUUCUGACGGGUGGUGUGACUGUGUGUGGGUGUGUUUAGACUUACAAUGUGUCUCUGAGGAUUUUCUCUUGAAUUCUUGACGUUCUGAUUGGAAAGUGAAGGACUGCUUUUGUAAAUCACUUUUUGAGAUGAAAUCAGUGUAAAGUUUAUUUCACCUCUGCAAUGUAAGCAGAUGAAUGUAUGUAAAAUGACUGGAAACCUUUGUUGGACUGUGAAGGUUUCCAAAAGCACACAACUGUUAUUAUUAUUUUUUAGAUUAAAUGUUAUUUAUAAAGGA